AUGACUGUAAAAAUUGCUUCAUGGAAUGUUAGAGGAUUGAAUGAUCCCUCUAAACAAAAAGAAGUUAAGAAUUUUGUGUCCAAAGAAAAUGUUCAUGUCAUAGGAGUUUUGGAAACUAAAAUAAAGCAAAUCAAUGAGAGGAAAAUAUGUGGUAAAUGUUUUGGUAACUGGUCUAUGCUCUCCAAUUCACAACCAACUGAAACUGGGAGAGUCUGGGUGUGCUGGAACAAUGAUUUUUGUGAUCUUCAACUGAUUUCCAUGUCAAAUCAGCAUAUUUUGUGUAAAAUUCUUGACUUGGCUACAAAUGAAUAUUUUUUUGCUGUUUUUGUCUAUGCUGCAAACAAGCACACUUUGAGGAAAGUAUUUUUUGAUACAAUGUUUAACAUCUCCCGUGCUAAGUCCAAAAUUCCUUGUGUUUUCUUGGGUGAUUUUAAUGCUAUAAGAUACCAACAGGAAAAAAUUGGGGGUUCUCCUUCCUGGACUCCUGAAAAUGAGGAGUUUAAUACUUAUAUUAACGCAUCUGAAUUGGCUGAUCUAUCUUAUGGUGGAUGCCAAUUCACAUGGGCUAAUAAAAGGAGCGAGGGAGCUUUCAUAGCGACCAAGAUUGACAGAGUUCUGGUUAAUGAGGCCUGGCUGGAUAAGUUUCCUGAGUCUACGGCUACUUUUCUCCCGGCUGGUAUUUCUGAUCACUCAUCUGUUGUGGUCAACAUCAGUGUUAACAGUAGCUCCUUUAAGAAACCAUUCAAAUAUUUUGACUUCUGGUCCCAUCACCCAGAUUUUCUUAGUACUGUUUCAAAUACCUGGUCUCAAUACAUUCGUGGUGUCCCUAUGUUCAGAGUUUGUCAGAAGUUAAAACAACUCAAAGCCAGCCUUAAGCUUCUUAAUAAAAAAGAUUUUAGUGAUCUGUCCACUCGUGUCCUCAUCUCUAAGGCUAGUUUGGAUUUUGCUCAAAUUAACCUUGAUAAGGAUCCUUUGAACUGUGAGCUUCAAUCUAAGGAGAGAGAGGAGUUGAAAAGAUACAUUGAUCUUAGUAAUUUGGAAGAGUGUCUUGCUCUUCAAAAAUCCAGAGUCCUGGCUUGGUCUAGGGGAUAG